CUAUUUACUCUCUUAUUGGCCGGGCGCCGAGCGUCCACUUACCCAAACCACAUUGAGCUGUUGCAUGAUUAUUCAGGCAAGCGGACUGCUCUGAUUGGCUCACAUCUUCAACUCUGUCCUAGUGAAGUAAAGGAAAGUUGUACAUCACCAUGGGCUCCAGUUGCGUUUAGCCCAGCCAGGCUCCAGCUGGCUACAGUCUGGAGUUCAGGUCAGCACAACUUGGCGAAUGCUCAUUCUUGCGGUAGUCAAGGCUGCCGCGUUGAGAUGCUCGUCCCCAACCUCAACAUGGAUGCCGCCAAGGAACCGGGAGCUAAAUCGAACUGGAUGCAGGAGGCCAACAAAAUGCUCCUUCUACGCAUGGUGAGAGCGGAGUUUGUUUAA